CCACUGAAUAAUGGACGUGGAAAAUAUUUCCAUUCAAGAAAUGGAACCAAAAGAAGUCAUUGCAUCAGAAAGUCCUUUGUCAGGCCAAGCGGCAACAGGAGCUCCAGAAAUGCUUGAAAGGAAGAAGGAAGCAACUGAUGCAGUCCCAUAUCACAAGCUUUUUACCUUUGCUGACACCGUUGACUAUUUUCUUAUGUUAAUCGGAACAAUUAAUGCUAUUGGAAAUGGGAUCAGCAUGCCUAUUCAGGCAGUGAUAUUCGGGGAACUAAUUGAUACUUUUGGAGAGACUACAGAUAACAAUGACAUUGUUCAUCAAAUUUCCAAGGUAUCCCUCAAGUUUGUCUACUUGGCUCUGGGAACUGGUGCGGCGUCAUUUUUACAGAUGGUGUGCUGGAUGGUGACUGGAGAACGACAGGCGGCACGAAUCAGAAGCUUAUACUUAAAAACAAUAUUGAGACAAGAUGUUGGAUUUUUUGAUCUGGAAAGCAAAACUGGAGAAAUUGUGGAACGUAUGUCUGGUGAUACUGUUAUUAUUCAGGAUGCUAUGGGAGAAAAGGUUGGGAAAUUCAUUCAACUGGUUUCAGCAUUUUUUGGAGGCUUCGUGAUAGCUUUUUCGAAGGGGUGGCUUCUUUCCCUAGUGUUGUUAUCUGCAAUUCCUCCUAUCGUGAUCUCAGCUGCCUUUAUGACUGUUGUUAUUACAAAGCUAAUGUCCAGAGGUCAAAAUGCUUAUUCUGCUGGAGCAGCUGUAGUUGAACAGACAAUUAGCUCUAUAAGAACCGUUGCAUCAUUCACAGGUGAAAAAAAAACUGUCGCCAAGUAUGACGAGUCCCUUAAGAAAGCUUACACGGCUGGGGUGCAAGAGGGUCUGGUUGCUGGACUUGGUUCUGGAAUGUUUAUGUUUUGUGUACUUUCUUGCUACGCUUUGGCCAUUUGGUUUGGUGGCAAAAUGAUUCUGGAAAAGGGAUAUACUGGAGGAAAAGUGAUAAGUAUAAUGGUCGUACUUAUGAUAAGCUCCUUUUCCUUAGGGCAGGCUUCGCAAUGCUUAAGUGCAUUUACCUCCGGGAAAGUUGCAGCUUUUAAACUGUUCCAGGUGAUAAACAGAAAGUCGGAAAUAGACCCUUAUGACACGAGUGGUCAGAUACUGGACGAUAUUCGUGGGGAUAUUGAAUUACGGGACAUUACCUUCAGCUAUCCAACUAGACCAGAUGAGAACAUCUUUAGCGGGCUUUCUCUUGUCAUACCAUAUGGCACAACCACAGCUUUAGUUGGACAUAGUGGAAGUGGGAAAUCAACAAUAAUCAGCCUCAUUGAGAGGUUUUACGACCCUCAAGAAGGCGAGGUUGUUAUUGAUGGCAUCAAUAUUAAAGACUACCAACUGAGGUGGCUUAGAGGCAAGAUCAGUCUUGUCAGCCAGGAACCUGUAUUGUUCAGUUCCACUAUUAAAGAUAAUAUUGCUUACGGGAAGGACGAUGCAACACUUGAUGAAAUCAACGCAGCUGCGGAGCUCGCCAAUGCUGCCAAAUUUAUUGACAAGUUCCCCCAGGGGCUAGAUACAAUGGUUGGUGAUCAUGGCACUCAUAUAUCUGGAGGACAGAAGCAGAGAAUAGCAAUAGCCAGGGCAAUCUUAAAGGACCCAAGAAUUUUACUACUGGAUGAAGCUACAAGUGCUCUUGAUGCAGAAUCAGAGAGGGUAGUCCAAGAGGCACUUGAUAGAAUUAUGGUUAACAGAACUACCGUUAUUGUAGCCCAUCGCCUGAGCACAAUCAUAAACUCUGAUGUAAUAGCAGUUAUUCACGAUGGCAAGAUUGUAGAGAAAGGUUCACACUCUAAACUAUUACAAGAUCCUGAAGGUACAUAUUACCAGCUUGUAAGAUUACAAGAGCUCAGCAAAUACUCAGAAAACCAAGAAAGCAGCAAUGAGGAGAUCACUGUCGCUCUAAGAAGACAUUCAAGUCAGCGUUUAUCUAUCUUAAGUCUAGAACAACCAAAUACCCAUAACAGUAGUCCACAUUCAUUUUCUUUCAGUAACUCUGAUGAACCAAUACCUGAUAAUGAUAAAAAACCAGAAUCCUUCAAGCCUUCAAAUGUCUCACUUGUCCGCUUGGCAUAUAUGAACAAGCCAGAAAUUCUGGUGAUAAUACUAGGCUCGAUAGCUGCUGUAAUCAAUGGUGUUAUCUUUCCUAUGUUUGGGUAUCUUCUUUCAACUAUUAUAAAGUCUUUUUAUAAGCCACCUCAUGAACUGCGCAAGGAUUCGGCAUUUUGGGCUUUGAUGCUUGCUCUACUUGGUUUGGGAGGUUUGAUAGCCACACCAUUGAGGACCUACUUCUUUAGUAUAGCUGGGUGUAAGCUUAUAUGGAGAAUCCGACUAAAGUGCUUUGAGAAAAUAGUUCAGAUGGAGAUAAGCUGGUUUGACAAGGCAGAAAAUUCAAGUGGCAUCAUUGGAGCCAAACUGUCGGCAGAUGCAGCAUCUGUAAGAGGUUUGGUUGGGGAUAAUCUUUCCGUAAUUGUUCAGAACACAGCAACAAUAAUCAGUGGUUUACUCAUCGCAUUUAUCGGAAACUGGCAGUUGUCUUUUAUAGUUUUACUAUUGCUACCACUACUGGCUAUUAAUGGAUACCUUCAGAUGAAAUUCCUCAGUGGAUUCAGUGCUGAUGCAAAGAAAUUGUAUGAGGAUGCAAGUCAGGUUGCUAGUGAUGCAGUUGGAAGCAUAAGAACUGUUGCUUCAUUUUCUGCGGAAGAUAAGGUGAUGAAGCUAUAUGAAACAAAAUGUGAAGGACCGAAAAGAGUAGGAAUCAAACAAGGUCUAAUUAGUGGUGCUGGUUUUGGGUCAUCCUUGUUGUUGUUAUAUUUAGUAUAUGCAGCUAUCUUUUAUAUUGGUGCUCUUUUAGUUGAAGCUGGUAAGACUACAUUCCCUGAAGUUUUCCAGGUGUUUUUGGGGUUGAGUAUGGUAGCCAUGGGUGUUUCACAAUCAGGAUCCUCUGUUCCGGACUCUGGAAAAGCCAAGACUGCUGCAGCUUCAGUUUUUGCUCUUCUUGACCAGCAGUCAACUAUAAACUAUACUGAUGAGUCUGGAACAAUACUAGAAAAUGUGAAGGGUGAUAUCAAGUUUAGUCAUGUUAGCUUUAAGUAUCCUUCUAGACCUGACAUUCAAAUCUUCAAGGACCUUUGUUUGGAUAUUCAUUCUGGCCAGACGGUAGCUCUUGUUGGAGAAAGUGGAAGUGGAAAAUCUACUGUGGUUUCUUUGCUGCAAAGGUUCUAUGAUGCUGAUUCGGGCCAGAUAACACUUGAUGGAGUUGUGAUCCAAAAGUUAAAGUUGAAGUGGUUAAGGCAGCAGAUGGGUCUAGUGAGUCAAGAGCCGGUCUUGUUUAAUGAUACAAUUCGUGCCAACAUUUCAUAUGGGAAGGAAGGCAAUGCUACUGAGGCAGAAGUUUUAGAAUCAGCAGAAUUGGCAAAUGCCCAUAAGUUCAUCAGUAGCUUACACAAGGGGUAUGAUACAAUUGUAGGUGAAAGAGGAAUCCAGAUGUCGGGAGGGCAAAAACAAAGAAUUGCAAUAGCAAGAGCAAUGGUAAAGGCUCCAAAGAUAUUGCUACUAGAUGAGGCGACUAGUGCCCUUGACGUUGAAUCUGAGAAAGUGGUACAAGAUGCACUUGAUCAGGUUAUGGUACACAGAACCACAGUGGUGGUAGCUCACAGGCUAUCCACAAUCCAGGGAGCAGAUGUUAUUGCUGUCAUAAAAAAUGGAGUCAUUGCAGAGAUAGGGAAACAUGAGAAACUCGUCAGUAUCAAAGAUGGCAUUUAUGCUUCUUUAGUUGCAUUACAUACUAGUUCAUCUUCUUCAUAACAAGGAUUGCCACGUCAGUUAAUGAAAUUGUGUACAUUUAUUUUACUUUGAAUUA